AUGGACGCAGGACUCUCAGGGUUGCUGCUCCUGCUGUGUGCCCUACCGUGGGCUCAAGGUGCAAAGGUGCUGGUGUUUCCAAUGGAAGGCAGUCACUGGCUGAGCAUGAGGGAUUUCUCCAGGGAGCUCCACGCCCGAGGCCACCAGAUUGUGGUCCUGGCUCCAGAAGUGACUCUGCACAUCAAAGGAGAGGACUUCUUCACCCUCAAAACCUUUCCCUUUCCAUCCACCCAGGAAGAAUAUCAACAAAACCUACUGGGAAACGCUAAGAAGGCCUUUGAAACACAAGGUUUUGUGGAGGUUUUUUUUGAAAAUUUAGCAGCUUUAAGAAACGUUUCAGAACUCUAUGCAAAUUCUUGUGCAGGUCUUCUGCACAACGAGACCCUGAUCCAGCAGCUGAAUUCCAGUUUCUUCGAUGUGGUCUUAACAGACCCUGUAUUUCCCUGUGGGGCAGUGCUGGCCAAGUACCUACAGAUUCCUGCUGUUUUUUUUCUGCGCUCCAUUCCCUGUGACAUAGACUCUGAGGCCACACAGUGUCCAAACCCUUCUUCAUAUAUUCCAAGGCUACUCACAACACAUUCGGACCACAUGAGCUUCCUGCAAAGGGUCAAGAACAUGCUGUACCCUCUCCCCUUGAAGUACUUUUGCCAUAUCUCAUUCACUCCCUAUGAAAGCCUUGCCUCUGAGCUUUUGCAGAGAGAGGUGUCCUUGGUGGAGGUUCUUAGCCAUGCAUCGGUGUGGCUGUUCCGAGGGGACUUUGUGUUUGACUACCCCAGGCCCAUCAUGCCUAACAUGGUCUUCAUUGGGGGCAUAAACUGUGCUAACAGGAAGCCACUCCAUCAGGAGGUGAGACACCGAGCUGCAGCCUGA